AUGGGUGAGCCCUACGAGAAGUGCCGCAAGCCGCUGAUGGACGCGUACGCCGACUGCUUGGAGAUGAUGCCCGACCUUCUUGAGUGGAUCUGCUCGCCUGUCAAAGCGGUCGAGCAGGUCUGUUACGUCGCGAAAGUGAUCACCGUCCUCUGUGCCAUACCGGCUAUGAUUAUUGACUUCGUCAAGGUACAAGUGAUCGACAGGAUCGAACGAGGUGAGUGGGUGUGUCGCUUUAGAUGUUUAAACUACAACAACAACAAGUCGUCUUUUGUGCAGCAUAUGAUGAUUCAUUGCGGCGUUCGGUAGAGGUCCGGUGUGUCCAACGGGCAAAAACAAACGAUUGAGUACAGCAUGUGCCUUAUGGACAUCACGAAUGCAUGGACAUGGAAGACAGAACGAACGCUGAAGUUUUUGUAAUGUUACCAUAUAUACACAGAAAACAGGAGCUAUUACAAAUAUGCAACGUCGCGAAACGUUUUGGGUAUAAGAUCAUUAAAAAACGCGAGUCAAUUCACGCACACCGCCCGUGCAUACAUGCGGCCGUCACCAAAUAUAUGCCAUAACAUCAGCAAAAAUACAUCUGACAAGUGCACUAAUAACUACAAGAAUGGUGCAAAAGGAAAAAAAAAAAGAAACUGAAGAGUUGACUUGUCAUUCCGAAUAUGAAUGUUCCUUUGUCGGUGCCCUUGUAUAGACAAAUGUGUGCCAUUUUUUUCUGCCUUUUUAGUAAUUAUUAGGGGGAGGGGGUGACACCUUAGACUAAUGCCACACAGUGUCAAAAAUUGUUGUAGCUUCCACCUUGAUACAGCGCUGUUUGGGACGUCACAGCCACGACAAGUGUUGGUUUCUCCCUGGCUCAGCGAUGCGCAGCUUCCUCGAGCGAGCCUACACGGCAUUCUACGUGAACGUGACGGUGACACACCAGUACAACUACAGCCUCGAGUUCAGCCGCACACCCGCCGAGGUGCGUAGCCACGUGUUGAAAGAACUACACGGGCGCGUCGCCCUCUUCGCCGCUCUCUUCAAGUUGCUCAGCAACGGGGUGCUGGUCGGGUUCCUCUAUGUCGCGUACGGGUGAGUGUACACCGUUGGCUAUGCUCUGCUGACUCCACUGCGCGGUUGGCAGCAAAUAAUUCACUCGAUAUGCGAGGACAAAUACAGGCUAUUGAUUUCGCUGCAGGGCCCCUGGGCAGAAGUGGGGACGCAAUCCUGGGUACGAAGGCCUUGUUGUUUUACGCCAUUCAGGAAUUACACGUUCUUUCACCCUUUAGCAUCCGGGCUUGA